AUGGCUGACUCGCAACAGACUGAAUUCGCGGUCGACAUGACUUGUCAAAAUUGCGUCGACGAAAUAUCAGAUGCUCUGCAAAAAGUACCUGGGAUCGAAAAAUAUGACGUUGAUCUGUCUAAAAAACAGGUCACCAUCGUUGGUAGGACUCCACCUUCCCACCUCCUCUCCGCACUCAGGGCUACCCACCGUCAAGUCAUUGUUCGAGGCUCUUCACCUGCCUCGCCCUCUUCACCGUCCCAAGCUGCUGUGUCCAUCCUCGAAUCCCCCUUCCCCAUCCCGUCAUCAAUCACGGACGAAAACUCCGCACGUGCUUUGCCAGGGGUGAACGAAGCCGAAUUCACUCAAAAAGUAUUUGGAAUCUGUCGAUUUGUUCAAAUAGCUCCCAAGCUCGUCCUGGUGGAUCUCACUGUCCGUCUUCCCCCUACUGCUCUGGGAGAGAAAUACAAGGUCUACAUAUCUUCCACAGGCGACAUGAUAUCUCCUCCUGAGACGACCGGAAAGCCGUAUUUCCAUCUUGGACAGGUAGAACUGGACGAGGGUGGAUAUGGUGAUAUGUUUUGUGAAGUUGAGGGUGAUUUAUGGGAAUGGAUAGGCAGAGGUUGUGUCGUUCAAGCUACUUCUACCCAGGAAAAUACCGAGACGACGUCAAGUAUAGGCCAGAUUUUUGCUGGUGUGGUUGCUCAAAGUGCAGGAGUUUGGGGGAACGACAAGACUGUUUGUGCUUGUAGCGGAAGGACCAUGUGGGAGGAAGGGAGAGAGAUGGAGUCGAAGAGUACUAGUAAUACUAGUACGCUUUGAGUUUUAUAGUGAAUAAGUAUCUGAAUUAUAUCUCGUGUCUUUUGCGAUGGAUAGUCAGCAGG